AUGAACUCAUUCAACUUGAAGGAUGGAUCAUUCUUAAGCCAAUGGCCGCGAUCUGACACUGAGGACGAAGAGUAUAAUGCAGCCGUGACUAACGGCAAGGAAGCUAGGGCCCCAAAGAGACGAAAACUCGAGGAAGGAAGUCGUGGAGAAGCCUCCCAUCAGGAUUCAGAAGACUCGAUCGAAAUCAUAUCGGAGAGAAAGAAGGGUGAGCGACGGAAGCCCAAGGUAGAAAACACCUCACUGCCGAACGUCUCUCAUAUCAUCACUACCAGUGACGGAAAGACAGUCAUCUGUGUCACGGCCGAGGACAAAGCAGCCAUUGUGUUCAAGGUACUGACGGGAGGAGUCUUGCACCUGAAGAGUCGAAGGUCGUUGCCAAAGCGUAUUUGCGCAAUCGUCUUAACACCAGAUGAGAAAAGUCUUCUUCUAGGCGAUAAAUUUGGCGAUGUCUAUCUGCUCCCCUUACAUCCCACUGAGGGGUGGACGCCACAGAAGCUUGAUCAGGACCAACAACCAGCGACCUAUGCUCCCUCUGCCUCAGAGUUAACAGUGCAUACGAAGGGCAAUCUUGAGGCCUUGAGACAGCAGCGCCAGCUAAAGGCGACUCAGGCCAAGAAGGAAGGCCCGCAGUUUGAAUGCAAGUUGCUGUUAGGCCAUGUGUCGCUCUUGACUGACGUCGCCAUCGCCGAAGUCCAAUCUGGAUUGAAGCGCCGCCAAUACAUCUUGACCUCAGACCGAGAUGAGCAUAUUCGUGUCUCCCGGGGGGUGUCACAAGCUCACAUAAUCGAGAACUAUUGCUUCGGCCAUCGCGAAUUUGUGAGCAGGCUGUGUAUCAUGCCUUGGGACUCGGAGAUACUUGUGGCAGGGAGCGGUGAGCCUUCUUUGAAGGUUUACCACUGGCAGGCGGGGAAGUUGCUGGAUCAAGAGCUCUUCCAAGGCGACGUAGGAAAGGACAUAUUCGACUGCCUGGAUUUGGAAGAUAGUAGACGUCCGUUGGAUGCCUUAGCAGUGUCCAAUAUUUGGCCUGUGCACUACACCGUGUCAGGCAAUUCACCACGUUCUCGCCAGCCUCCUCGUUUGAUCCUUGUCUCGCUCGAAGGGCUUCCCAUUCUCCUGAGCUACAGCGUCACAGAAGAUGGCCGCUUGAGGCAUCAUCAGACCUUGACGUUGGGAGGAAACGUCUUGGAUGUUACCAUAGGCCCAACAUUGUGGGGAAUUAUUGUUGGCAUUGACACGAUACAUAAACCUGGCUCGGUCCAGGUCUUGAGACCUGAGACGACACCAGCACCAGAUGCGUUUGAGACGUUUGAGCUAUUUUCCGAUCUUGGCGAUGACGAAAAUGGCCCGGGCAAGGAACCAGACGGUGUUCCUGAAGCAGACCUGCGUUGGGAGACUUCGAGCCUUGCAAUGCUUCUGAACACUUCGGCUUCUCACUGUGACAAGGGUGCUUUGCCGUCAGAAGGCAGCAUAAAGGACAAGGGUGCAUAUAGCGCUGCAGGAGAGGUGUUGUAUGGGCUGGAAAAUCUCAGGAAGAAAAGAGGCCAAACUGCAGAGGAAGAUGAGGAAGCAGAAAGCCAGCAGGGUGCCCCGGCCGAGGCAGAAGAGAUACCGUGA